GUAGAUGCCUAAGGUUCUUCGGCUGUACAAGGAGGCUUGUGCUAGUAGUGGACGCAGUCAUCAGCUGUGCUUCUAGAAAUCAUCAUCCCCACUCUCCCUCUAGAUAUGUUUAUUACCUUGAGGAAUUGCCUCAUCACCAGAUGACAACACUACCAGCCUUGGGGGAUCCCGACAGCUGCCUCCCCGAAGGCCGUGGACGGAUGAAGGCGGGGGGCCCGCAGCUCACCUGAGGCGGCGGCGGUGGCCACGCCUCUCCCUGCUGUGUCUUUAAAGCCCUCCUCCUCCUCUUCCUCCUCCUCCUCUCCAUCCCUCCAUUCCUGCCUCGCCGCUGCCGCUUGUAGCUGCCGGGCUCUGCCUCGCCCGCUUUCUCUCCCCACCCUCCCAGUCCCCGCCACCAGCCAUGGCUGACAUGAAGACCGGCAUCUUCGCCAAAAACGUCCAGAAGCGCCUCAACCGCGCCCAGGAGAAGGUUCUUCAAAAACUAGGAAAAGCAGAUGAAACUAAAGAUGAACAGUUUGAAGAAUACGUUCAAAAUUUCAAACGGCAAGAGGCAGAGGGUUCCAGACUCCAGAGAGAACUGAGAGGAUAUUUAGCAGCCAUUAAAGGAAUGCAAGAUGCCUCAAAGAAGCUUACAGAGUCUCUCCAUGAAGUGUACGAGCCAGACUGGUAUGGACGUGAAGAUGUGAAAAUGAUUGGAGAGAAAUGUGAUGAACUUUGGGAAGACUUCCAUCAAAAACUGGUGGAUGGGUCAUUGUUAACUCUGGAUACGUAUUUAGGACAAUUUCCUGAUAUAAAAACUCGCAUUGCAAAACGAAGCAGAAAGCUAGUGGACUACGACAGUGCAAGGCAUCAUCUAGAAGCCCUGCAGAGCUCGAAAAGAAAAGAUGAGGGCAGAAUCACCAAGGCAGAAGAAGAAUUUCAAAAAGCACAGAAAGUGUUUGAAGAGUUUAACACUGAUUUGCAAGAAGAGUUGCCAUCUCUGUGGUCACGACGAAUUGGCUUCUAUGUGAACACCUUCAAAAAUGUAUCCAGCCUUGAAGCCAAGUUUCACAAGGAAAUAGCUUUAUUAUGUCACAAACUAUAUGAAGUGAUGACAAAGCUGGGGGAUCAGCAUGCAGACAAGGCCUUCACCAUUCAAGGGGCACCAAGUGAUUCAGGUCCACUCCGCUUUGCAAAAACACCGUCACCACCAGAGGAGGUCUCUCCCCUACCUAGCCCUACUGCUAGUCCCAAUCAUAUGCUGGCACCAGCAUCUCCGGCACCAGCCCGACCUAAGUCACCUACACAGCUGAGGAAAGGUCCACCGGUCCCGCCACUGCCUAAACUCACACCCACAAAGGAGUUGCAACAGGAGAACAUCAUUAACUUAUUUGAUGACAACUUUGUCCCAGAAAUCAAUGUGACAACCCCAUCACAGAAUGAAGUACCUGAAGCUAAGAAAGAGGAAUCGUUACUGGAUUUGGACUUCGACCCCUUCAAGCCAGAAGCUGUGUCAACAGGAGUUGGUCAUUCACCCAUGUCUCAGACAUUGCCGUGGGAUCUAUGGACGACAAGCAGCGAAUUGGUGCAGCCGCCUGAUUCUUCAAAAAGUCUUUCCCUGUGUAACCUGAUCAUGGAGGAAACCCCAAACAGUGGGUCAUCAGAAGAUACUAACAGAUCUCAAACUGAUCUGGGUUCACUCAGCUGGGGCCUAGAUGUUAGCACACCCACUGUCAGCCAGGAAAUUACUGCAGGCAGUUCUUUGCUUUUCCCCAGGGCAGAGCAAACCUCAAGCGAAUCUACUGGUACUCUGCCUGCUAAUGUUUGGCCUGCAGUAGGUGAGCAGGAGGAUGCUGCACCAGGGCCAGCUUCUGUAAGCGAAAACCAGAGGACUUCACUGGAGGACCAGUUGGAUGCCAAAAGUGUCGUGUGGAAAGAUGUGGUGACCAAUCAGCCUUUAGAGAACGUAACCAAUUUUGGGGCACCCAUCCUGGGGACUGAUAGCUUGUUGGAUGAACCACUCCCAUGUGAUGUGCAAAAGGCAGAGGAAGAGCAUGAGGAAGACGAGUGGGCAGGUGUCAAGCCAAGUGAAAAGGUAGAGACUGGAGCUAACUACAAGGAGGUAGAAGGUACAGAGAAACUGGAAGAGCAAGGUUGUGAAACCAAAGGAAACAGUGAGGCAGAAUUUCAUAACGGUUUAGCAAAAUCAGAUCUUGAAAUUUUGGCCAGCACAGAAGUAGAAAAUUUACGUGAGUUUGAAGAUAAUUAUGGGGAUACUGGGAGAGCUAGUGAUGCUAACCUAGAAGACUCUACAGAAGAAGAAUUAAAACAGGUCAAUGUCAUUGAGGAGAUGGCUAGAGAAAUACCACCGUUGAGCACAGGGCUGGAAUGUGGGGACAAAAUAGGGGCGUACGACUGUAAAACUAUAGAAGGCACUGGCUCUGAACCUGAGAGAGUCCUUGGUAUCUGGGAUGAGGACCAUGGAAAUACAUUAGAGGAGGCCUUAGAUCAAACUGACAGUGGUACUGGACAGAGUACAUCCAUGGAGCAUAUAAACAUGAGGGCACAUGUUGACCUAGACCACACAGGCAAGUACCCUCCAGAUACUGGAAGUGAUCUAUGUGAUGCUGAAUUAUUCAGUGCAGAAGAGUCUGGUAAAGGAACUGAAGGUAACAGCAUCAGUCACCUCCCAAAUGGUAGUACUGGUUCUAAAGGUCAAGCUGCUGCUGAAAAACAGUGGGCAUUGCUGCCCAAGGAGGCUGAUGCUGCUCGCGCAAGCUGUGAUAAUCCUUGCCUAGAUAAUGCAGAUGACCAAGUGACAAGUAGGACAGCAACAGCAGUCACUGAAGUGAUUAGCAGUGGUGUCCCUGAAGCCUUGGAAACAGAGCCCUGGCUGGCAAACUGGGAUCCAACAGUUACUAAUGAUUCCUGGGGUUUUUCAGUUUGGUCAGAUAGCCAAGCCAAUGGACUGGAUAAUUGGCCCUUUUUCCCCAAGGAUCAAAACUCAGAGGAAGGUAACAUGGAAAAUGUUUGGUUAGGCAUUAGUAAUAAAUGGUCUACAGAAGACAUAGGAGCUACUGAUAGCAGCUGGGGGGAAGUAGGUGCAAGCACAGGCCACAUAAUUCAGGAGACACUAGUAAAACAAGGUUUGCCUGGGGAGCAGGCAAGCAUGAGCAAUCCUGGACUGAGCAAGGAGAUAGCUAGACCCUUGUCUCUGUUUCAAAUGGGAAAUUCCAGAAAUGCUAGCACCGAGAGUUCAACUAGUCCUAAAGACAAUGAGACCAACAACUCAGAUUUAUCUGAAGAUGAAAUUGCUAACCGGAGAUAUGGAUUGUUGUACCAGGAAAUUGAGGCUGAUAAAGAAGAGGUACCUACCCCAGUGUGUAGCAUAGUCUAGACAAAGAGUUCCCUAGGCCAUGCAUAUGCUUGUUGUUUAAAAACAUUCCAUUUGUGUGUUUCCUACUACCAUUCCUAAGUCCAUGUUAUUCUUUUUUUGAAAAAUUGCCAUGCAACUCUUCAUGGUGUGGUACCCUUCAGCCCUUCAAGCAGGCUGAAAAAAAAAACAUUUCAAAAUGGUGAAUGAAGCAUUGAACUGUGAAGAAGCAUUUUGUCUGGCAGCUUUUGUGUUUUAUCUGUAGAUCUUUAAAUGCACCUGGCCUUUUUUUUUAAUUAUUGUUUUUUAAAAAUACUUAAGGUACUCUUCCUUUUCUUUUUGUCAUUUUUGUUAAGCCUGUGAUGUCUGUUAUCAAAUACCACUGUUAUAAAAAUUUCUUGCUGCCUUACCCUUAAUUUUAUUUUUUUCUCUGUUUUUUUCUUUUUUGUUCCUUUUUUUUAUGUCUGGCCUUACAUUUUUAUUUU